UUCAAUGUAGCUUUGCUUAGCCGGAAAAGUUUCCAACUAUAUUCAUCCAGCACACCAGAAAGCAGGUCUGCUUUGAUGACCCUAAGCAAGAGGUUGAAUUUCAUCAGUGGGCAGAGAAAACCCCAAAACUGUAGCUCCGUGGCCAUAAGGAUGCUGUGUGUCAAAGAUAUCUCAUAUAUGUUUUGUAGGAAAAAACACAUACAACUGCAGAUGGAGCCAUUUUCUGUUAAUGAAACUAUGCAUUUUUGUGGCAAUAUCAGGGACUGUACUAAAUCAAAUAAUGUGUGGAUGGAUGAACAAUUAUUUUUCAAGAAGUUUAACAACCUUUCUGUAUCAAAAGACAUUUUUUACUUUCUUAGCUCUUUAGCUGUCAUGUCUGCUACUAUGGCCUCAGGAGCCCUGCAGAGGAUUUCUGAAGUUGAGGUGGAUGACAACGGUCUUAAAAACCCUGAACUGUUAGAGAAUAAAGUUUUCAGAGCAUUAUGCUUACAGUUUGAAUUUGAAUCCUCAAAACUGUCAAACAUGGAGCUGCUGAAUGCAUUGCAGGCUUUGAUAAAGCUUUGUAAAGAUCCUCAGAGCACGCUGAUGACAAGCCUGCUUUCAGAGAGCAGAGAGCGGCUUGGCAGGGGACAGCUGACUGCUGAAAAUCUUUGUGCUCUUGGAGAGAGUUUGCUUGAGUUAGAAGGCCCAAGUUGUGUGAUGCUGGAACUAAUGAACUACAUGCAAGAUAGAGACAUUGAGAGGUGGAGUCCCAGGGAAUUAAUGAUGGUUUAUAAGAUACUGCAGGUAACUGUGAGGGAAGGGAAACAAUGCCCAAACUUGCUAAACAGACUGAACAAUGUCACUUUACACAAAGUUUCUGAGCUAAAUCUAAGCUUUUCAAGUGUAAUACUGAAUUCACUGGUGAUUCUUUGUCAGACUGGGGCAGUUCCCUUAGUCACUGCACUGUGUAAACAUUCAGUGAAGUAUGUUCCCUAUUUCACAGAUCAUGAACUGGUAAAUGUACUGGAAGCUUUCCUAUACUUUGGACAAAAAUUGCAAAUUUUUACAGAGGCACUGGAAAGACAUGUCCCCAGGUCCAUCCUCACCAUGCAUCCAGUCAGCAAGGUCAUACAUUAUUGCUGCAAAAAGAUGAUCCUUUCAAAGCCCAUCUUUGAAGUAACAGAAGGUUUCAUUUCCAAUACUGAACUUACCACUGACCAGAUUGCUGUGUAUAUUGUCUCGUUUGGGACUCUUAACUACCUAACUCCAAGUGCUUCUUCCUUGUUUAGGAAGUUUGAAACUGUGCUGCAUAGCCACCUGAAGCACUUUGAGCCUCACACCUUGUUGAACUUGUCACAAUUGUGUGUCCUUAUUCAACGUUAUCCAAUAAAUUUUCUGCCAAGAAUAUUUAGUCCCUAUUUUCUGCAAAAGCUUCAAGCUCAGCCACCUGGUUUGAACAGAAUUGUUAUGUCCCAGCUAACCCAGCUUUUUCUGACUGUCACCCUGGAGUGCCCAUUUUAUGACGUACCUGAAACUCCUUUCAAAUACCAGGUAAAGGCAUGUCCCACACCUCACAGUUCUCCUGACGUUCACCUCUUUAAAAGGGUGAAGACAAGAUUACUUUAUUUACUGAAAAAAAGAAUAUAUUUUGCAUCAGCGGUAUCAACACCCUAUUUCUAUGUAGUUGGUAAGUAUAAUUUCUUUGGAUUAGUAAUUUAAUCUGUAUAUGGUGCCAAAGCGUUCAUUUCCUUUGUGGGCAUUCUAAGUUCUGCAAAUGCAGAAAAAGUAAACUGGGAUACAAAUUUCUAUAAAAUAUCUGAAGUUUGGGAACUUUAAGUAAAUAAUUUAUAAAGUCAGAGAAAGGAAAAUGGAGAGAAAAGCACAGCAUUAAUUGGUAUUUACGCAGCCACUCUGCAUUGAAAACAGCUGCUAACAGCUGCUUGUAUUCUGUAUUUUUAAUAUCACCUCUUUAUCUGUUAAACAAUUUGUAUAAUGUAAAGCAAAAUCAGGCAAUGCCACUUGCCUGAUCUCUCUGCUUUAGUGGUGAGUAGAGAAAGGAAAGUGGUCAGCUGGCUGCCCUGCUCAGCUGGACUCCUCUCCCCUCAGCAAGAGCUGUUAGCAACACAGUCAAUGGGGUUUGUGGGUUGUAAGACAGGAGUGAGCAAAAUAAACUGUUGUGUGCAGCAGGAAACACAGAAGGCAGUGAUGAGGAAAGGCACAUGCCCAGGAGAGGUGGAUGAUAAUAAUGUUGUAAAUAAAAUUAGAAUUAGACAACUAGGUCUAUUGAGUUAGCAGCAAUUUAAUAACAAAAAAAAAAAGAAAACAAAUUAGUGAAUUGAAUACAAGAAUACAAUUUAAUAGAAGAAUACAAUUUAGUGAAUUGAAUAGUAAUUUGGUAUAAAAGGAAUACAAUUUAGUAAAAGAGUACAAUUUAGUCAAUACAUUCAGAUAUAUAUAUAUAUAUGUAUGUGUGUGUGUGUAUGUGUGUGUGUGUGUGAAUACAGUUUGGCAGUAUUUGAGUAUGAUUAAAGCAUAAGCAAA